GACAAUGCUUCUCUGACAAACAGUGAAGAUUCGAAGAAAUGAGUUGCAAGUUGCUCUCAUCAUCUUUCAAUUAUUGUUAUUAUUAUUAUUAUUAUCAUUAUUAUAUUAUUAUCAUUAUUAUUAUUAUUAUUAUUGUAUAGUUAGUAACUAGCUUCUUCAUAUCUACUUCUGUAUGUAAGCUUAUCUAUAACGUGAUAGUCCAAUAUAUUCUUUCGUCUAUGGCCACUACACAAAUAAAAGCUGAAUCUUCUUCCAAUUCCCAGUCCACCUUCCUUAACCAUUCCCAUGCUCCAUGGGAAUAUCAUGUAUACAUAAGUUUCCGAGGGGAUACCCGAAAAAACUUCACUGACCAUCUUUAUUCUGCAUUAUGUCAAGCUGGAAUCAACACGUUCAGAGACGAGGAAGAAGUUAGAAAAGGCGAAACCCUUUCGUCAGAGUUUGAGAGAGCAAUCCAAAAUUCAAGAAUUUCCAUUAUCGUAUUCUCGAAAGACUAUGCUUCUUCGAGGUGGUGUCUCGAUGAACUUGUGGAAAUCCUCAAGUGCAAGGAGAUGAGGAACCAGGUGGUACUUCCUAUAUUUUAUAAUGUUAACCCUUCCCAAGUGUCUAAGCAAACCGGUGAGUAUGGGACGGCCUUAGCAAGGCAUGAAAGACGUUUCGGAGAAGCAAAGGUAAAGAGCUGGAGAGAUGCACUAACUAAAGUUGGAGAAUUCUCAGGAUGGGACUUGCAACAAGAGGCUAAUGGGUAUGAAUCGAAGUUUAUCAAUAAAAUUAUCAAAGAGGUAUUGUCACUUCUAGAGCAAGUACCAAUGUUUGUUGCCAAGUAUCCCGUAGGACUUGACUCCCGCAUUGAAGACAUUGUCCGAUUAAUGCAUAGAGAUAUUAAUGAUGAUGUUCAGUUCAUAGGAAUUUAUGGAAUGGGAGGUAUCGGAAAAACAACACUUGUCAAAGCAGUUUAUAACCAUGUUUUUGAACACUUUGACAGUAGUUGCUUUCUUGAAAUAAGAUCAAAAGUUUCAUAUCAACAUAGUGAUGGGCGAAGUGCACUACAACAAGAACUUCUUAAUAAGCUACUACAGUCGAAGAUCAAAGUGCACAAUGUUGAUGAGGGAAUCAUGUUGAUCAAAGAGAGGCUUCGAGCAAGAAAAUCUCUCAUUGUGCUUGAUGAUUUGGACCAUCUUGGUCAACUAGAUGCUUUAGCUGGAGAACGGAAUUGGUUUGGUGCAGGAACUAGAGUUAUUUUAACUACUAGAGACAAACAUAUAUUAAAAGAUUUGAAAGUGGAAGGAUGGUAUAUGGUCAAAGAAUUGAACAAUGAGAAUUCUUUGAGACUCUUUAGCCAACAUGCCUUUAAAAUACCCGAACCUCCAGAACAUUACAGUAAGCUAUCAAAAGAGAUAGUAAGUUAUUGUGAAGGACUUCCCUUAGCUCUUCAAGUGUUGGGGGUUCAUCUAUCUAACAAAAAGAAUGAAGAUUGGAGAAGUGCUAUCGAGAGAUUGAUGACAAUUCCUAAUAAUGAGGUUCACACAAAACUUAAAAUAAGCUUCGAUGGACUUUCCAGUAAAUUUGCAAAGGAUAUCUUCCUUGAUCUUGCUUGUCAUCUUCCAGAAGGAAUUCACAAACAAAAGGUUAUUAGCAAAUAUGAUGAGGUCCCUAGGUGCUUCCCAACAAUUGAAAUUGAAGAUUUGAUUGACAAGUCCUUGAUAAUCAUAGAUGAAUAUGAUUGUUUACAUAUGCACACUUUAAUACGAGAAAUGGGAAGAGAAAUUGUUUAUUUUGAAUCAUCGGACAAUCCAAGUGAGAGAAUUAGGCCAUGUUGCCCCAAUGAGAUUAACGAAGUGCUUCUAAGACACAAGGGUAAGCCGGCGGUGAGAUUUUUCAAAGAUGAAUGGGGAAGACUUGCAGAAAUUGAAGAACGAGUGACCUUGGUUGGCAAGUUCUCCAAGGGUCGUCGGCCUUCAUUAGAGUCAAUCCGCGAGAAAUUCCCAUCAACUUUUACACUCACAGGCUCUGCUCAAGUCGGAUCACUGGAUCUCCGCCACAUUCUGAUUAGGUUCUCGAGGGAGGACGAUUGUGAGAAGGUGUUGGCGAAGGGGCUCGCGAUAGUCGCCGGAAAACCAAUGCGCCUGACUCGGUGGUCGCCGGACUGGAGCACGCGGAAGGAUUCGCCGCCGCUUGCGGCGGCGUGGGUGUCGCUCCCGGGGCUACCGUAUCAUCUCUUCGACCCCAACAGCCUGAAGCAUCUGUGUAGGCCGGUGGGGAAACUGCUGGCUUUGGAUUCCGCUACGGCUGGAAGAACGAGGCCGAGUGUUGCCAGGGUGAAACUGGAACUGGAUUUGUUGAAGCCUUUAGUUGAUAAGAUUUGGGUUGGGUUCGCCGAUGAAGGGGUUGAUCCAGAGGAUGGGUUUUGGCAAAGAUUAGAGUAUGAAAACGUUCCAUCUUUUUGCUCCAAAUGUUUCAAGUUUGGUCACCUUUUUACGUCGUGCAAAUCUGGGAGUGAUAGGAGGAAAGAAAGUGGUGAAAUUUCUGGGUCUUUCUCGCCAGAAUCUUGUCCAGUUGGUGGUGUUGAAGCAAAGAACGUUACGCAUAAACAAAGUAAAAAAAGAAGGCUUAAACCUGUUGGUUUGGGUUUGGGUUUUGGUGUUCAAACGAGGUCCAUGAGGAGAAAGGGUCACAGGGCAGAUUCAACUGAGAAUGUUCAAACCCAAAGUCCAUCUAACUCUACCACCAUUGAUCUUAACCAAAAUACUUUGCCAGAAGACAGAGUUGGGCUAGUAUUUGACCAUAAAUCUCCAAACUUUUCCUCCACUAUUGAUUCAAAUGCUACCCCUUCUAGCUUCCCUACUCCUUUUAGCAACCUUGUUCCCUGCUCUAGUCGAGCUAGGAGUAGUGCUAAAAGGACCUUAUUGUUUAGAACUCCUAGACAGGACCGAGAGCUUGAAGGGAUUCAAAGGUCGAGGGUGAUUUCUCAGUCUAAGUCUGAAUUGGACGAUGAAAUGUAUGGGCAUUCGGAGGAUGAUAAUGAUUUGCGGUCGAACGAGGUGACGGAUCUGCUUGUUGGUCUUGACAAUGGAUAGUCUUACGGUUUGGGGCGGUCUUGUCAAUAAUGUUCUUAUAAUUUUAGUUGAUUUGCUUUCUCCUAUUCAUUGCAUUUGAACAUGAUACAAAAAUUUUAUACCUUCAAUUAAUACAUUUUGUAUAACAGUUUCUGUACAUAUAAACAAAU